AUGGCCCACCAAGCACACUCCUACCACAUAGUAGACCCAAGCCCCUGACCCAUCUUCGGAGCAGCCGCAGCCCUACUCACCACCUCUGGACUAAUCAUAUGGUUCCACCACAGCUCCCCACAACUCCUAACCCUUGGCCUACUUUCCAUACUCCUAGUCAUGCUACAAUGAUGACGAGACAUUGUACGAGAAAGCACAUUUCAAGGCCACCACACCCCCACAGUACAAAAGGGCCUACGAUACGGAAUAAUCCUAUUCAUCACAUCCGAAGCAUUCUUUUUCCUAGGUUUCUUCUGGGCAUUCUUCCACUCCAGCCUAGCCCCCACCCCAGAACUAGGCGGACAAUGACCCCCAACAGGAAUUAAACCACUAAACCCCCUAGAAGUCCCCCUACUAAAUACAGCCAUCCUCUUAGCCUCAGGUGUUACCGUAACAUGGGCACACCACAGUAUCACCGAAGGUAACCGAAAACAAGCAAUCCACGCACUAACCCUAACAAUCCUCCUAGGAUUCUACUUCACAGCACUCCAAGCAAUAGAAUACUACGAAGCACCAUUCUCAAUUGCUGACGGCGUAUACGGCUCAACCUUCUUCGUCGCUACAGGAUUCCACGGACUCCACGUAAUCAUAGGCUCCUCAUUCCUAUCCAUCUGCCUCCUCCGACUAAUUAAAUUCCACUUCACAUCCAACCACCACUUCGGAUUUGAAGCAGCAGCUUGAUACUGACACUUCGUAGACAUCAUCUGAUUAUUCCUCUAUAUGACCAUCUACUGAUGAGGAGCCU